AUGGCGGCUGAGGAGACCAAGAAGGAGGGGAUCGUCGAGGAGGAGGCGGCCAUUCCGGUUCCGGCACGUGAGAAUGACUUUGUCGUCGGUUGGGACGGGGACGACGACCCUGCGAACCCGAUGAACUGGCCGGCCCGGCGCAAGGCGAUCAAUAUCGCUCUGCUCUCCUGCUUGACGUUUGUCACCCCGCUCGCGUCAUCCAUGUUCGCGCCGGGAAUCCCCAAGGUGAUGGCCGAUUUCGACAGCACGAGCGUGAUCCUCGCCUCGUUCGUCGUGUCGGUGUACCUGAUCGGCUACGCGUUCGGCCCGCUGGUGUGCGCGCCCAUGUCGGAGAUCUACGGGCGCUGGCCGGUCUACCAGAUCACGAAUGUCCUGUUCAUCGUCUUCACCGUCGCGUGCGCCGUGGCGCCGUCGCUGGACAGUCUCAUCGGGUUCCGGUUUCUGGCUGGGUCGGCGGGGUCGGCGCCCCUGGUUCUAGGCGGGGGAAGCGUGGCCGAUCUGUACACCCGCGAGGAAAGGGGUUCGAAGAUGGCCAUCUUCGCGAUGGGGCCGUUGAUUGGGCCUGUGGCGGGACCAGUGGCAGGGGCCUUCCUCUCGCAGAAUGUCGGGUGGCGAUGGGUCUUCUGGGUCAUCAGCAUUGCGGCUGGAGUGGUCACGGUGCUGUGUUUCCUCUUCAUGAAAGAGUCUUACGCCCCUGUGCUCCUCGAGAGAAAAGCUGCCAAACUCCGCAAGUCGACCGGCAAUGCACAGUACCGAUCGAAGAUGUCGACGGCGGACUCUCCUCGCACGGCGCUCGUAAAGGCUCUAAUCCGCCCGACCAAGAUGUUCCUCAUGUCUCCCAUCGUCUUCAUCUUUGUCGUCUACGUCUCCAUCAUCUACGGCUACCUCUACCUGAUCUUCACCACCAUCACCGAGAUCUACGAGAGCAUAUACGGCUUCUCCACGGGUCUCGCCGGCCUGUCUUACCUGGGCAUCGGCGUCGGCAUGUUCACCGGGCUGGCCCUGUUCGGCGCCACCAGCGACAAGCGGAUCCAGGCGAAGAAAGCCAAGGGCGACAUCUCCCCCGAAGUCCGGCUGGAAGGCCUGAUCCCGGCCGCAUUCUGUAUCCCCAUCGGGCUGUUCUGGUACGGCUGGUCGACGGAGAAGCAGAUCCACUGGAUCAUGCCCAUCAUUGGCACGGGCUGGGUGGGACUGGGGCUGAUGGGCAUUUUUAUGGCUGUCCAAACCUAUCUCGUCGACUGCUAUCCUCUCUUCGCCGCCAGCGUCACCGCUGCAAACACGGUCGUCCGUUCAUUGACGGGAGCCUUCCUCCCGCUGGCGGGACGACCCUUGUACUCGGGUCUCGGACUGGGCUGGGGGAACAGCUUGCUCGGAUUCAUUGCGCUGGCCAUGGUGCCGUUACCAUUUGUUUUCAUAAAAUACGGCGCCCGGCUCAGAACGCACCCGCGGUUCCAAGUGAGCUUCUGA